UGCCACGAGUGCGGGGAAAGCUUCAGUCAGCACUCAGUCCUUAUCACACAUCAGAGAAUCCACACAGGGGAGACACCCUACACGUUUUCUGAGUGCGGGAAAAGCUUCAAUCAGCGCUCAAGCCUUAUCACACAUCAGAGAAUCCACACAGGGGAGACGCCCUACACGUGCUCUGAGUGCGGGAAAAGCUUCAGUCAAUGCUCACACCUUAUCAGACAUCAGAGAAUCCACACAGGGGAGACGCCCUACACGUGCGCUGAGUGCGGGAAAAGCUUCAGUCGGCGCUCACACCUUAUCACACAUCAGAGAAUCCACACAGGGGAGAUGCCCUACUCGUGCGCUGAGUGCGGGAAAAGCUUCAGUGUGCGCUCAAGCCUUAUCAGACAUAAGAGAAUCCACACAGGGGAGACGCCCUACACGUGCUCUGAGUGCGGGAAAAGCUUCAGUCAAUGCUCACACCUUAUCAGACACCAGAGAAUCCACACAGGGGAGACGCCCUACACGUGCUCUGAGUGCAGGAAAAGCUUCAGUCGGUGCUCACAUCUUAUCAGACAUCAGAGAAUCCACACAGGGGAGACGCCCUACACGUGCGCUGAGUGCGGGAAAAGCUUCAGUCGGCGCUCAAACCUUAUCACACAUCAGAGAAUUCACACAGGAGAGACACCCUACACGUGCGCUGAGUGCGGGAAAAGCUUCAGUCACAGCUCAAACCUUUCUCAACAUCAGAGAAUCCACACAGGGGAGAGGCCCUUUGAAUGCAGUGAGUGUGGGAAAACCUUCAGUCGCAGUUCGCACCUUAUUAGGCAUCAAACAAUCCACAGAGGAGAGAGGCCCUAUGAAUGCCGUGAGUGUGGGAAAUGCUUCACUAGCAGCUCAAACCUUUCUCAACAUCAGAGAAUCCACACAGGGGAAAGGCCCUAUGAAUGCCGUGAGUGUAGGAAAACCUUCUCUCACAGCUCAUCCCUUUCUGUACAUCAGAGAAUCCACACAGGGGAGAGGCCUUAUGAAUGCAGUGAGUGUGGGAAAAGCUUCACUAGCAGCUCACACCUUUCUCAACAUCAGAGAAUCCACACAGGGGAAAGGCCCUAUGAAUGCAGUGAGUGUGGGAAAAGCUUCACUAGCAGCUCACACCUUUCUAAACAUCAGAGA